AUGGCCCGUACUAAACAAACAGCACGUAAGAUGCCACCAAAGGAAUCCUACAAGAAGAGAAAAGAUAAUAAUUGGCAAGUAGAAGAAAAUUCCGAACCAAAGAAAAGAAAAAUUGUCAACUUAUUAAAUCAAAUAUUUCCUUCCGAUUUGAUAAUAAUUACCAAAUCGGAAAGUAAUGAUGAAAGUUUUUCAGUAGCAGAACAUAAUCAGCCUUCCACUCCAAAUCUAUCGAUUAAAUUGAAUGAACAUGUUUGUAGUGAGAGAUGUUUUGCUUGGUUGACAAAAGUCAAUUGGACCAAUUAUUUCAAACAUGAUUAUCCAGUUCCAAUAUCUUUUUAUGAUAAUAUUAAAGAUAUGACAAUAUUUGCACCAAGUCCUGAACAGAUUGAUAUUGAUUAUGCACAACACAUUCUAAAACAAGUUGUAUCAAAACAAGAUGAAUUUUCAGUUUCAAUCUUCAAAGUUGAAAUGGAAACUGAUAUAGAUUCAGAUCAGAUAAUACAAUCAGUAACCUAUGAAUAUAGAACAUGUGGAAUCAAAUGCUAUUACACGAGAGCAAAAGAUUUUGCAAAGGAAGUUGUUAUGAUUUUUAUUGACACUGAGAAAUACUUGUGUUUUGGACAUUAUUAUAAUUUUCCCUAUUUUACAAUUCCAUAUGUUAAUCAUGGAAAAGAAGAAGAUAAUUCAAUUAAUUUGUGUGAAGAGGAAUUCAUUCAGUCAAUCACCAAUCCAGAAGGUCACCAAAUUGAAACUCCAAUUUUACUUCCACUAUCAAAAGUAUUGGAAAAUGCACAGGAUUUUCUUGCUCAACUAUUUGAUUUGGAAAAUUAA